AUGGCUGAGAGCCAACCAGAGAAAGAUGUACUCGUCCCUGACAAAGAAGAAGAACUUGCCCCACAAGACGAUGCAAAAGCCGGAGGGUCCGGUGAGCAAAAAGAAGAGGAUUCGUCCUCUGAGACCCCAGUGCCGGGGGAAACAACAAUCAACGAAGUGGUAAAAGAUUCCACUUCGCAGAAGCUUCGCCCAGGCCUCACUCCAGUGUACCAGUACCAGAUCGUCCUGGCAGACAUUUUUAAAUUCCACACUCACUCACGGAAGAUGGGAGUUUCAGUAGCUGCGUUUGUCGCUGAGCUAAGACAAUUAUCCGAGCACUGUGAGUUUGGAAGUGUGCUGGAUGAUAUGCUGCGCGACAGGUUGGUCUGCGGCAUUAAUGACGACGGCAUGCAGCGCCGCUUGUUGGGAGAGACCGCGCUUACAUUCAAAAAGGCGCUGGACAUUGCUCAGGCCAUGGAAACUGCAGCUAAUAACAUGAAAGACAUCCAGAACAGUGCCGGGAGUGUGCAGCCAAACACCGUUCAUCAUGUGUACAAGGUGAGGAAAGGCCAGCCACAAAAGUCAGUUGAGUGUUACCGGUGUGGGGGAGCACAUUUUGCCAAUGACUGUGGUUUUAAAGACAGUGUGUGCCAUAAUUGUAAAAAGAAGGGACACAUAGCCAAGAAGUGCAGAGGUUGCACUAAAGGUAAACAGAAAAAGGAGUGGAAAUCCAAGCCCAAAGGGAACACGCAUCACCUGCAGAGCGAUGCACCUGAAGAGGAGGACUGUGCCUUCAACAUGUUCAACCUCAGCGAAUCGCAGGCAGAGCCCAUCUAUGCAACUCUACAGGUGAAUGAGGCUGAACUGAAGAUGGAGGUGGACACCGGAGCUUCAGCUUCAGUGAUAAGCCAAGACACCUACCGCAGGUUGUGGCGCUCAGGAAGGGCGCCUGCACUCAAAGAGACUAACAUCAGACUGAGACAGUACACGGGUGAGUGCAUUCCGCUUCUGGGAGCUAUAGAAGUAAAUGUAGCAUACCAAGGCCAGAAAGCAGCAGCAAGGUUACUGGUGGUGGAAGGUGAGGGACCUAGCUUACUGGGACGUGACAUCCUACAGACGAUCUGCCUGAAUUGGAGAGAAAUUAAGUAUGUUACAGUGAUGGAAGACAUACUUGAGAAGUAUGCUGAUGUGUUUAAAGAUGAGCUGGGCACCCUCCGCGGUACAACAGUCAAACUGUGUGUGGAUCCAAAUGCCCAGCCACGCUUUUUCAAACCACGCACAGUGCCUUAUGCUAUGAAAGCCAAAGUGGAAGCAGAGUUGGAGAGACUGCAGCAGCUAGGUGUUAUUGAGCCUAUUGAGUUCUCUGACUGGGCAGCCCCGAUUGUUCCAGUGCUGAAGGUAGAUGGGGAAGUACGAGUUUGUGGUGAUUACAAACUGACAGUAAAUCAAGCCUCGCAGCUGAACACCUAUCCCUUGCCACGAGUGGAGGACCUGUUUGCCACGCUGGCAGGCGGGCAAACAUUCACAAAGCUGGACAUGAGCCACGCCUACCAGCAGUUGCUGCUGGAUGAGGAGUCCAAGAAAUAUGUGACCAUCAACACACAUAAAGGACUGUUCAAGUACAACCGCUUAGUGUUCGGCGUAGCUUCUAGCUGAGCUAUUUUUCAGCGCACAAUGGACAAUCUGUUGCAAAACAUUCCUCAUGUAGCCGUCUACUUGGAUGACAUCUUGGUGACCGGCAGAACAGAAGAGGAACAUCUAAAAAAUUUGGAUCAGGUGUUGCACAGAAUGGCAGAAGCUGGGCUGCGCCUGAAACGCAGUAAAUAUGUUUUCCAAGCUCCAAGUGUCUCCUACCUGGGUCAUCAGAUCACGGCUCAGGGCUUGUCUCCACUGGAGGAGAAAGUGAGAGCGAUCAAGGAGGCUCCAAGUCCAAAGAAUGUUGCCGAGCUCAGGUCAUUUUUGGGCUUAGUGAACUAUUACGGAAAGUUUUUUCCUGAUCUCUCAACUGUGCUUGCCCCCCUCUACCAGUUGUUAUGCAAAGGCAGUCCAUGGCAGUGGCAGCAAAUGCAAGAGAAAGCGUUCCAGCAGGUAAAAGAACUCCUACACUCAGCACCUCUUCUUGUUCAUUUUGACCCUGACAAGGACGUAAUUUUGUCCUGUGACGCCUCCCCGUAUGGUGUGGGUGCAGUUCUUUCCCACUGUAUGGAGGAUGGCACAGAAAGGCCUAUUGGUUACGUGUCACGCACACUGACAGUAGCUGAGAAGGGAUAUUCCCAGCUUGAAAAGGAAGGACUAGCUGUAGUUUUUGCGGUGAAACGGUUUCAUCAGUACCUGUACGGCCGUCAAUUUACCAUCUUCACAGAUCAUAAGCCACUGAUGGGUCUGUUUAGUGAGACUGAAGGGAUCUCACCCAUGGCCUCAGCACGUGUACAGCGCUGGGCAUUGGCAUUGUCAGCGUACCAAUAUCGCAUUGUGUACAAGGCAGGGUGUGACAAUGCAAACGCAGACGCUUUUAGUCGUCUCCCCCUCCCUUGCACUCCUAGUCUGGACAGCUUACCCCCUGAGACUGUGUUUUUGUUAGAGAGACUAGCUACUUCCCCAGUGACAGUGAAAGACAUCAAAAUGUGGACUGACAGGGAUCCAGUGUUGUCACAGGUUAAGUGCUGGUUAUUGCAGGGUUGGCCAGCAGUAGUGGAGCAGGACGAGCUUAAGCCUUAUUCUAGGUGUCAGCAGGAGCUCAGUGUGCAGGAUGGCUGCAUCCUCUGGGGAUCCAGAGUUAUUGUCCCGCCUCCAGGUAGAGCACAGAUCAUGGAAGUGCUGCACGAAGCCCAUCCAGGGGUCUCCCGGAUGAAAAGCCUCGCCAGGUCUUUUGUGUGGUGGCCAGGGCUGGACGCUGCCUUAGAAGAGAAGGUAAAAGCAUGCUCACAAUGUCAGGGAAACCAAAAGAUGCCAGCAGUGGCGCCGCUCCACCCAUGGGAAUGGCCUAACCGCCCAUUGUCCAGGCUUCACCUAGAUUUUGCUGGUCCAUUUAUGGGUCGCAUGUUUCUAGUGUUAGUGGACGCACAUUCCAAGUGGUUAGAAGCACACAUCAUGUCAAACAUCACAGCUUCAGUUACCACUGAUACACUCAGAAGCAUUUUUGCUACACACGGUCUGCCAGACACUAUUGUCACUGACAAUGGGCCCACUUUCAUCAGUGAGGAGUUUAAACAGUUUGUGAAACGAAAUGGAAUCCGUCACGUUCGCACUGCACCUUAUCACCCAGCCUCCAAUGGCUUAGCAGAGCGUGCAGUUGAAACUCUGAAAGCUGGUCUGCGGAAGAUGUCAGGUCACUCGCUUGAAGUGAAGCUGUCACGCUUCCUUUUUCAGUACAGGCUGACUCCUCACUCAACCACUAGCUUGACCCCCGUUGAGAUGCUUUUGGGGAGAAAACCCAAAUCUCAUCUUGACCUUCUUCGUCCAGAUGUGGGAGCCAGGGUAGCCCACUCCCAGGAGCAGCAGAGAGCUCGACGGGACCUGCAUGCUAGAGAGCGUUUGUUUCAGCCAGGGGACAGAGUUUAUGUGAAAAACUUUGGCAGAGAUCUGAGUAAAAUUGAGGUGGUAGCCAAUUGA